AUUAUCCAAGAAAUUCCCGAGAACUACAAAGCCCCAAAACUACCGGCGCCGCCAACACCGUAAUAAGUAAAGCAAGUAGGAAACGCCGUAUUCUGAUCUGUACGCUGGAACUGUUGAAGUUGAAUCGGUUCGAUGUUUACCACCAACCUCUUCGCAGUUCCCAAGUCGUGAAGAACAAACAGGUUCGUAUAACCUCGACCGAUCCUCUUCUGCUCAACCAUUCUAUAGUUAUUGCUGCAUAGGAAUCGGUUCUUUGGAAAGCUUCCAAAGAUCCAACCAUGGUAUCACCGUCUUCCCUUUCCCCCUCCAAGAAGCUUCUCUUCACCGACCCAAAUCCCAAAUCGAAGCCAAACUCCGCUGCUCUGCCACCGACUAGGGUUCAGGGUCAGCCCAAUUUGUCCGACUGCCAUGGCUGUGGCUACCAGAUUAACCACGCCAACCCUAAGGAUCGACUCCAGCUACUGGACAGCAUCUGGCGUAUCGUUCUUCUUUGCCGGGAAUGUCGGAAGGCGAUUCGAUUCGGACACAAAUGCCCCUACUGCUUCCGGGAAACGGUGAACUCAGGUAAUCUUUUUCACUGCGACAAUUGUGCGCGCAAAAUCCACGACGAUUGUGUUAGGGAUUGUGGGAAUUGCACGCCUUGGCGUGGUAUGGGUGCGCAGCUGGAGGAGCCUAGGGUUUGUGUCGAUUGCUGGGUACCUGAAUUGCUCAAGAAAUCUUUUAGGGUUUUUGCGAGUGACGAUAAGAUGAAAGGUAAGCUUAAGGCUAAGAAAUUGUUAGGGAAGAUAAAGAAACCGAAGGUGCAGAAGGUGUGGAAUAGAAGGCCCAGGAAUGUUGUACCUUUGGGCAACGUUGUCUUGGCUUUGCCGGCUAAGAACUAUCAGGACAGAGCUGCUUCCUAUGGCGGCAGUCGUGCUCGAAAUUUGAACUGUGCUGCAGUUGAUGUGAAUGCUCGAAAAUCUAACAAUGUUGUAAAAACUGGAAAAUUAGAAAGCUGUGCAGAGGGUUUGAGGGCUGAGAGUUUACAUGAUGCCAAAGAUGGUGUAAGGGCCGAAAAUACAGAAAAUUCUGCAAAGGGUGUAAGGGUCGAAAAUAUAGAAACUUCUGCAAAGGGUGUAAGGGUCGAACAUACAGAAACUUCUGCAAAGGGUGUAAGGGUCGAAAAUAUAGAAACUUCUUCAGGAGGUGUAAGGGCUGAAAAUUUUAAAAUCUCGGCAGAGGAUGCAGGGGCUGAAACUAUAGAUAAUGCUAAAAAUGAUGUAAGGACUAAAAAUGUAGAAAGCUCUCGAGAGGGAUUGACAGCUGAUACCGGAAAUAAAGUUGAGGGUGAUGCAGAGUUGGAGAUUCUGUUGCAAAGAGCAAUGAAUAUUACAAAGAGUGUAGUAGAUGUUUCGAAUUAUGGUGGUUGGAAUGGUUUGACGUACAAAAGACAUGGCUUGGGAAGAGUUCAUGUCGGAGGUCAAAGGGUUGAGGCAGGUGGUAACUUUGCAAAUAGCAAAAGAAUGGCUCAGCCUAGGGAAAGUGGUCCAAUUAGGGAUGCAAAUGGAUUAAAUUCAGUAUUGUUUCUGUAUAAUCGGGAUGAGAAGAGGAAGCUAUGGCAGAAAUUUGAUGAGGAUACUGUGGUAAAAAAUUCCGAGUCCAGCAAGUCACCAGAAAUGAAGCUAAGUUCACAUUCAGACGAUUCCAAAUCACUGAAGAGCACUGCUGAUGUAUCAGAGUCUUUGUUGGAUAGUAUUGCCGAUCAAAAUAACACAUGUAGAAAUAGUAAUAGAUCUGACCAAGAGUUUGAAGGGUACAAAUCGACUCGAUUCAAGAAGAAGGCCUUCCAGGUGGAUGGCCUGGCAAAUGUUACUGGAGAAUGCAUCUCUUGUGACAACAUUAUGGUUAUCCUUAAGUGCGACAAUUCCCAACCAGGUGAUGAACAGCUUGACACUGGUCUUCUAGCACAGAGUGACGCUCGGGAGCUUUUGCAGAGUAAGAGUUGUGAUGAAAAAGUGGAUCAUUGUCGGGCAGAGAUUGAUACACAUACAAAUACUGAAAAUCAGGCAUCCAGGCUUGCAGAAGGUAGCUCUGAGGCUGGGCGUUCUGGUGAGUGUGGGGAAGAAUCGAACUUACAGGCAAGUAACCGGGACACAGAACCCUACUUUUUUAAGUAUACUAAGAGGAUGAAACGCACCACAGAUUCCUACUCUUUUAAGUAUUCUAAAAGGUCAAAAGGCUCGACUCCUGAAGCUAAUCUACAACCUACUACUUCUGUGAAUGGGAAUGAAGACUCGGCUCCUGGAUUAACUACAAAUUCCAAAGCUGAAUCCUGGAAUGAGUCUGAUGUUUCACUUGAUUCCUCUAUGAACAAUGUGCCUGAGUGAAAAAGAUGAUGUCUUGUCAAACUUUGCUGGAGGGAACUGUUAGGGAUGCGACAGAAGAUAUGUGCCUAGAGAAAAAUGAGGCGGCGCCGUGUGCUUCUUGUUUGUUGUAUGACUUAGCCAGCCCUGUUAGAUUCUUGGCUGACAUAUCAUUUGAUCAUCUCAUGUAUGACAUUAAUAACAGUAAGAGUAUAGCAUAGCAAAGGCUACAUAUUAAUCUUUGGUUUGAAUUGAUUUUGAGUCGAAAGUAGGUUUGAUCUGUAGAUCAAAAUUGUUGCGUUGUUGAAUUGUAAAGCUGCUCUGUGAUGAACAGCCAGUUGAGUAUUGCUGAACCACACAUUGCUUGUUGCUGAAUUUGAUAUAAUAGGUUUUUUUUUU